GAAGAUGAGAGUGAUUCUUGGGAAAAUGCAGAGUUUGAUGAAGACAUGCCAGCAGAAGCUGAGGAGAUCCAAUUCAACUCUGAUGAGGAGGAAAUGGAUUCGGAUGCAUCUGAAAAAUUCGAUACAGAGUUUGAGCGUGAGGCUCAUGAGGAAGAUGCCAAAGCAAAAGAGGAUGAUAGGCUUGCCGAGGAAGAGUUGAAGAUUAAUCUUGAGGAGCGUGAAAAGUUUGUUCUUCCGUCUGGGGAGGACAUUGAAAAGGAUUCUGAUGAAACUGAAGACAUUGCCAUGGUUCACACUCGCAUCAACGAGGUUAUCCGUGUACUGUCAAACUUUAAAACAAUGCGCGAGGCCGACAGAUCUCGAUCAGAAUACGUUGAUCAACUCAUCAAAGACAUUGCCUAUUAUUAUGGCUAUAACCACUUUUUGGCAGAAAAACUAUUCCAUUUGUUUGAUCUUGGCGAGGUGAUUGAGUUUUUUGAAGCCAACGAAGUUGCUCGUCCCGUAGUUAUUCGAGCCAAUACAUUAAAAACCCGCCGUCGUGAUCUUGCCCAGUGCCUUAUUAAUCGUGGAGUGAAUCUUGAACCUAUUGGAAAAUGGUCCAAAGUAGGCAUUCAAGUUUUUGACUCUCCGGUGCCCAUUGGAGCUACACCCGAGUACCUUGCAGGGCACUACAUGCUUCAAGCUGCUGCUUCUUUUCUUCCAGUCAUGUCGCUUGCUCCUCAAAGCAACGAACGUAUUCUUGACAUGUGUGCAGCACCAGGUGGUAAAACCACUUACAUUGCUGCGCUAAUGAAAAACACUGGAUGUUUGUUUGCCAAUGAUAUUAGCAAAGAUCGUCUCAAAAGUCUUAAUGCCAACUGUCACCGCAUGGGUGUUCGUAACACUGUUGUCUGCUGUUAUGACGGAAAGCAGUUUCCUAAUGUAAUUGGUGGAUUUGAUCGUGUCCUCUUGGAUGCACCUUGCAGCGGUACAGGCGUUAUCUCCAAAGAUCAAUCUGUAAAAAUCAACAAGGGAGACGAAGAUUUCCAAAUUCUCACUCAGAUCCAAAAGGAACUUAUUCUUUCGGCAAUUGAUUCUAUUGAUGCUCAUUCUUCUACAGGAGGAUACCUUGUUUAUUCUACCUGUGCCAUCACUGUUGAAGAAAACGAAGAGGUGAUCAAUUACGCUCUUAACAGGAGACCCAAUGUCAAACUGGUUGACUCGGGUCUUGAUUUUGGACGCGAAGGGUUUAUCAGCUUUCGAGGCAAGCAGUUUCAUCCCAGUAUGGCGCUUACUAGAAGAUACUAUCCACAUACUCAGAAUAUGGAUGGGUUUUUUGUGGCUAAAUUGAAGAAA